AUGAAAAGAGGCUAUAACACAAGUAACCCUUACAAUAUCCAUUCCUAUAUGAAUCAAGUUGGGAACGCAGAAUUAGUGUCAUUUAGAAAUGAAAAAAUCACAAUGAAUCAGAGUUAAAUUUAUAAUAAUCCAAAAUACCAAUAUUUACUAAACAGGAUGAAAAAAAAGCAUUACAGUUCGGAUAGGAAAUAAACUCCUGGUGCACAUGAUUUUAAUAUUAGUGAGGAAAGAUAUUUCUAGCUUAAUGGACAGAGGGCCAAGCUGAUUGAUAAUAGUUUUCUCCCAAUGAUGAUGCAGUAUAACUAUGCAUAUAAUAUUUUCUAGAAUAACUAAAUAAAUGAUGAAUUGCAGUUAUCAGAAGCUACUUUUACUCCCUUAGCAAAUAAAUAUCCUACAAAAGUUUAUAUUAAGGAAAAUUCAAAAUUGUCUCCUUAAUUGGGGAAAUCUAGAGUCUAAAAAUAAUUAGAGCCAUUUACUACUUCUUCUAAUAUAAAUUAGACCUAAACUUAGUCAUUCAGUGGCUAGACUAAUAUAAUUAUGCCAAAUGCAAAUCAUUCAAACAAUAUGAAUAGGACUUAUGGUAGCUUAAUAGAUAAAUAAAAAUCAUAGAGUGUAGUGCAGUAAGCUACAACUUAGUUAAACAAUCAUAGAGAUAUAUCUCAGAUAAUCUUACUAGAUGAUAUAAAGUCCUCUGGUGGGAUAAGAUCUAACCUAAGCUUUAUCACUGCAAAUAGUCCUUAAUAACUUUCUAAGAAUGCCUCUACAAUGAUGCAUCUACAGCCAAAACUAGAUUAAAGUGCAAUAAAUAUAAUAAAUUAAAACUCUGGAUCUAAAUUGUAAAGACAGAUAAUUACUAGCAAGUUUAACAACCAUGAGAAUAGAUCAGGAGUUUACAAUCUAAAAGAUAUGUAAAAAGUGAAACCCUCAAAUAGUGGAGUUAGAAAGGCAUCAAUAUAUGAGCAAAAAUCUAAGCUAGAAGACUUCAUAAAAAUCCAAGAUCUUCAACUGAGAGCAACAAGCAUAAAAAAGGAGUUCUUAUCUCCGAUAUCCAAUUAAAUGCCAAUAUAAAUUCUCUCAAAUUACAAAAGGCAAGUUCUACCACUAAACAAGGCAUUGAAGAAAAAUAUUGUGAAUAAUGAUUAUAGCAAUAAUCCAUGUCAUGAAGUAAAGCAUCUCAACUUGGAUUUAAGAAGUCCUCUCCAAAUCUCUUAGAUUCUAUCUGGCAAGAAAAAUGAUAGUGAAUAUCUGAUAAGAGAUAAGCAUAAUAGAAGAAAUAGUGAGAUGGCAUCAAAUGAUUAGUAAGGUGAGGAUACUUCAACAGUUUUCCAUCAUGGGGGUAUGCAUUAAGACUCUGCUAAGAAUUCACUAUAGCAUCUAAAGAUGAGCUUCAAUAUUGAAAUUAAUGACAAGGAAUUAGAGAGCAAAAAUGAUGAUUUUACAGAAAAAUCUCGUAUGAUUGAGUCAUAGAAUAUAGAUUUAACAGGUAAGGCAGGCAAUCAGCAUUACAAUAACUCAAACUUUAUGAGCCAAAUCAAUAAUAAUAAUCUUGACUUGAUUGAUGAGAAUAUCUAGCUUGGUGAAAUGUAAUUCCUAGACAAUAAACUGACCUGUACUGAGGUCAAGAAGCUUGACAAGGCAGCUGAUAAUCUCAUUAAUAAGAUAGAUGAUGAUAAAUACUUCAAAGAGAUUAGGUAAAUUUGUCUGAGACAUGGUUUAAAGAGCUAUAAAGAUAAGAAAUUUAUUAGAAGUUCAAAGGAUGUUAAAUUCACCUUUAGGAAUUCAAAGUAAGGUAAUAAGUCUAUCUAUUGA